AUGUUACCUCAUCAACACCACCUACCGCCGCACCAGCCUGGCUAUCCAUCAACCCAUUCGGGUCAUAUUAGCGGCUCCUUCUGCCAGCAGCACCACUUUGGGCCAGGCUUCUCGGGUCAACCCCCUCCGCAUCACCACCACCAACAGCAUCAACACAGUCAACAGCCCCCAGAUCAUCAUCACCACCACCAUCAUCAUCAAGUGGGCCAUCAUUUGCAUUCAGUGCACCAGCAUCACCUUCCAUCUGGACAAGGGCCGCCCCACCACGCCCAUCACCAACAGCAUCAGCAGAUGCAACAGCCCCACCAGGCACACCACACCCAACCUCCAUCUCACCUACCCGGAAGUCAGGCACAUACUAGCGCCGAAUUGAAUAGUUCACACAGUCAGAUGCUGCCGAACGCACACUACUCCCACCAUCAGGGUCACCACCAGCACCAAUCACACCAACACCAACCUCACAGUCUUGGUUCGGGACAAGCACCACAACGGUCAGAUCAUCAAUUGCUUCAACAGGCAGCCAACACUACGCGCCAGCUACUUUCGCACGCGGCUGCCUACUCCCACCAUCAUGGUAAGUUUCAGGAAAUUAUUCUUCUAUAUCAAAGCAAUUAUGUUAGGCGUAUCAUUUUCAUGAGGGGUCGAAGAGAACGUAAUCCUUGUCUAGCAUUGCUUCAUCUGGUGGAAGGUCUUGCUUCCACAAUGAUAACUCGUAGGCUCCUAUAA